AUGUCCAACCCGGUGGUGAGCCAGCAGCCGGGGGCCAGCUCCUACGGGACCAACGUCCAGACCGGAGCCUGGAGCUCCGGCCUCUGCUCCUGCUUCAACGACAUGCCCAUCUGCUGUCUGGGCUGCCUGUGCCCGCUGGCGCUCGGCUGCUACACCGGCCACCGCUACGGAGAGGGCUUCUGCCUGGGCAUCGUCCCCGGAGGGAUGACCGCUAUGAGGACACACAUGAGACUCACCUAUGGUAUCCAGGGUAGCAUCCUGAAUGACGCGCUGAUGACGUCGUGCUGUGGUUGGCUCGAGGUGUGCAGGAUGGCGCGAGAGAUGCGCAGCAGGAACGGAGACGUUUGA